AUGGGAAAUACACCAUCGACAAGCACAAGCACAAGUACUCCAACAUCAUGUUAUAACUUUCAAAAAGCAACUCUUAGUGAAAGGUAUCAAUAUAUUAUGCAAAUGAAUGAAGGAAGAGUUGAUCGUUUUCAAGUUCAACAUCACAUUUAUAGAGAAGUUCUAAGAAGUAAUUUUUCAGCGCCGAUCACAGAUACUCUAAAACAAGGUGCUUCUGUAUUAGAUCUUGGAUGCGGACCAGGGAUGUGGGUCUGCGAAAUGGCAACGGACUAUAGAGCUUCAAUAUUUCAUGGAAUAGAUUAUCAUAAUAUUUUCCCGACCCAAAAACCUGUGAAUGCACAAUUCAUAAAAGCAAAUUUACUUGAAAGGCUACCAUUUAAAGAUGCAAACUUUGAUUUUGUAUACAUACGGUCGCUGGUAUUCGCGUUCAAGCCCGAUCAGUAUGAAAAUGUGGUACUUAAGGAGGCUAUUCGAAUGUUACGGCCGAAUGCAUUUAUUGAGGUUAUAAGAACAAAACUCAUCACAAACAAAAUGGAUCCAUCUAUCACGCUUAAAAUGCCAAGUAUCCUAUAUAAAUAUGACAAAUCUCUGAAACGUGUGCGCGAUCAACAAAUUAAGAUUAAUAUAGGAAGAUUUGGUGGCAAAAUAGGUGAAAUCCAGGCAGACCUAUGCAUCCGUUUACUACGCGAAGAAUCAAAAAUGAUAAGAGGACUGUUCAAACUGAACGCUAAAGAGUAUGAAGAAUUUGUAGAAGGUUUCAUUAAAGAGCUCAAUACGCAUGCUGUGUAUAUGAUAUGGUAUAAAUAUUGGGCUCAAAAAAAAGGUUGA